AUGGGAAGACCAGACACUUCCCACCCUGCACAGCAAGUUUCAAUGGGUAGUGAGUUUUGUGGUCAGGACUUUGAAGAUGCAUGGGAUGAUCUUGUCAAAGAGGGAAUAAUCAGCCUGGAUUUGAGAGACUCCUUCAAUCUUCCAUGGUAUUUCCCAAAUGCAAUUGAGUUGAGAGCAACAGUAGAGAAAAAUGGCAGUUUUGAUAUUGAGAGAUUGGAAGUGUGUGAAGGGGUGCCAAGCAUGUCUGAGGAGGAAUUUGAAGAGUGGGUAAAAGAUCCAGCUAGAUUUGCAAAUGAUAAGGUUAAUCUGGUUAAAAGUUUUCUAGGGUGUUUAGUUGAGGCCCACAUUGGCAUCAAGUGUGCAGAAGUUCUAUUUAAGAGAUUCCACCAGAGAGCUGAAGCACUUCUCCAUACAUCUCCACCUUCAAGAUUUGUCACCUGUACUGUUGCCUCCCUUGUUAGAAAAUAG